AUGUGGAUGGACUUGCCGAGCGAUAUUAAGGUUAAAAAAGCCGUGGUUAAUGUUCAAAAUGCCGAUAACGCUUUUUUUGCUUGGGCUUGCGUAUCCGCUCGACAUCCUGCUGCAACAAACGCAAAUCGAGUAACUUCCUACCCCCAUUACAAUCAAAAACGGAGCAAGCGGCAUCAAGUCUUACCACUACUCAUCAGUCGGCAUGAAAAUCCAAAUAUCGAACACAUCAACUUGCUCAUGCUACACGAUGAAAACCUUGAUGAUGAAUUCUCCCAUGAAAGAACACACUUCUGUUGGAUUAAAAAUUUAUCGCGACUAGUCAAUCAUCAAUUGAAUGCACCAAAAUUGCUCGCGCACAGGCUUGAUUGCAGUCCAGAUACACCUUGUAAACUCACGCUUCCAGAUCAGUCCAACAAGUGGUUGAAGUUUGAGAAUUACUCGAACAAAAUGCAAGUACCAUACAUAGUUUACGCAGAUUUUGAGUGUUUGUUGGAGAAUUCCUCACAGUCUUCUGAAUCAUCGCAUACGAAGAUAUAUCAGAAACAUGUACCACACAGCGUAGGUUAUUAUUUUAAAUGUAGUCACGAUGAGUCGCUAUCAUACUACAAUUCCUAUCGAGGUGUCGAUUGUCAGAAAUGGUUAGCCCAUCAAUUACACGGAAUCGCAGUUAGGGUAGCUGAAUACUUCAAUCAAAAGAAACCUAUGUAUCAAUUGUCUGGUCAACAACAGACUGAAUUCGAAAACGCUGAAGUAUGUCACAUUUGCGAGCUAAAAUUUGUGCAUCCAAAUGAUCGCGUGAAGGAUCAUUGUCAUGUUACAGGACUAUAUCGCGGGCCUGCACAUUCAAAUUGUAAUCUGAAUUACAAACUCGAUCGCACCGUACCCGUUGUAUUCCACAACUUGAGUGGUUACGAUGCACACUUCAUAAUCGGUGAAUUGGCUAAUAUUAAAUCAUCCUCGCUCAGCGUUCUACCAAUUACUAAAGAAAAGUACAUAGCAUUCACCCAGACGUUUCACAGCCUCGCCGUAAGACUUCAAUUCAUCGAUUCUCGUCGGCAUAUGAGUUCGAGUUUAGCCGAACUAAGUUCUUACCUGCGGCACAAUGAUUUAACGAAUUUAAAAUGCCAAUUCCCUAAAGCCACAGAUUCGCAAUUCAAUCUUCUAACCCGCAAAGGGAUAUUUCCAUAUGAUUACGUGACUGAAGCCGACAGACUCAACGAACGCUCAUUACCCUCGAAAGAAUCAUUUUAUAACGUAUUGAACGACCAACAUAUUAAAGACGAAGACUACGCUCAUGCACAGAACGUUUGGUACAGUUUUAAUAUCACAACAUUGGGCGAGUAUAGUGAUUUGUAUUUGAAAGUCGACGUAAUGCUCCUCGCAGACGUCUUUCAAAAUUUCUGCGAUAAUUGCCUCCGAAUAUAUAAGCUCGAUCCGGCACACUACUUUACCUUACACGGUUUUACGUGGGAUUGCAUGCUUUUCCACACUGAAAUUCAGUUGGAAUUGCUCACGGAUGUUGAUAUGCUGCUGUUCGUUGAAGGAGGCUUGCGUGGAGGAUUGAGUCAAUGCUCGAAUCGACACAGUAUAGCGAAUAAUAAAUAUAUGACAGAUUACAAUGCGCAGUUGGAAACCAAAUCAUUGCUCUACUUAGACGUAAAUAAUUUGUAUGGUUGA